UUACAUUUUCAAACUUUUGGCACUAACUUCAUAGCCAUUGCAUUACCUAUAUAUGACUCUUCACUCACAUGUCAAUGAUCCUUCAAGAAGGCACAUUGAUCUCACAUAAUUAAAGACGAUGAAGAUGAAGUAUCCUCGCUCGUUUCUCGUCAUCGUAUCGGUGUUGAAUUUGCUUCGAGUUUCGUUUUCUUCCGUCGUGUCGACCGGGGACUUCAAUAAGGACUUCUUCGUGAUGUGGUCGCCGAACCAUGUGAAUACUUCAGCAGACGGUCGGACUAGAAGCUUGGUUCUCGACCCGGAAUCGGGGGCUGGUUUUGCUUCCAAUGACAUGUUCUUGUUCGGGCAAAUCGACAUGAAAAUAAAGCUAAUUCCCGGUGAUUCGGCCGGCACAGUCGUGGCCGUCUAUCUGACGUCCGAUCAGCCGAACCGGGACGAGAUAGACUACGAGUUCCUCGGCAACGUGUCCGGGCAGCCUUACAUUCUCCAAACCAAUGUAUACGCCGACGGGUUCGACAACCGCGAAGAGCGGAUUUACCUUUGGUUCGAUCCGACUGAAGACUUCCAUAACUACUCCAUCUUGUGGAACCUCCACCAGAUUGUCUUCUUUGUGGAUUCAAUCCCAAUCCGAACGUACCGAAAUCACGCGGACAAGGGGGUGGCGUUCCCUAGGUGGCAACCGAUGGGCGUCAAAGCCACCCUAUGGAACGGCGAUAGCUGGGCGACGCGGGGCGGGCGCGACAAGGUCGACUGGUCGAAGGGCCCCUUCGUGGCCUCGUUCGGGGACUACAAGAUCGACGCCUGCGUUUGGAAGGGCAAUCCGAGGUUCUGCAGGGCGGAGAGCCCCCCAAACUGGUGGAACAACGAGGGUUUCAGUUCCUUGACAUGGACACAGAGGAGGUGGUUCAAAUGGGUCAGGAGAUAUCACAUGAUAUACGACUAUUGCCAGGACAAUGCAAGGUUCCAAAACAACUUACCCAAGGAGUGCUCUCUUCCCAAAUAUUGAUUCGGCCGAUCCAUAACAGAUCAUCUCCAAUUCUUUCGUCUUGUUUUCUUCUCCUCUUCCACAUUUGAUUUAAUUCGUGCCACCAAUACAUUUAUGAAAUUGGCUUGUUGAGCAUAUUUUGGCGCGAUUUCCGCGCCCUGAGGUUUUCGGCACGUAUGUGAUCCUAUUAGUUCGAUGCUGUAUGAAUUAGUGUUUCCUUGUGUAUAAUUGAUAGAGAAUUCGUUUAUUAUAUCUUCGAGAGCA